AAGCUGUUGGCCGAAAGACGCGACCGGCUUAAACUCCGACUUAAACUCCCACCUGAUAUUUAAAACAUUUGAGAAAAAAAAAUCACAAUAAAAACCACCUAAAGCGGCGGAGUUAAUUGAAGACCAAAUCGAGCCGAGCUGUUAAUCAACAUCGGUUUGCAGUCGCUGUAAAUGUGCUGUUAAGCUCAAAAUAAAUACAAUGUGCACCGCUGAUGUUUCGACUGAUGGUGGUGCUGCUACAGGUGGUGCCAAUACUACGGAUGAUGGAGCUGCCGGUGCCCCAAGUUCGACGGCCUUGAACCCCCAACAGGUGACUAUCUCCAUAGAAGCACCGGAAGUUUUGAAACCACCAAAGAAAACCAACUUUCGACGUAAUAUUCAAUGGAUUUUAACACCCGCCUUAAGCGCUGUUACAGGUUUAAUCUUUUAUUACCAUGGACCUUGGUAUGGAGUGGCCUCUCUAUAUGCCAGCAUAAUAGCCUUAUUGCUGGUGCGUCCUGGUUGGCGAUGGUUCUAUAUAGCAGCGGUCACCACUCCACGCGAUACUGUUGCUCUCUUUGCCUACAUCCGUGUUUUAUUGUUCAUAAAACGGCAGGAGCGGAAAAACGUAAACAUAGGAGACAUUUUCGAAGCAAAUGUUGCCCGUCAGCCGGAUAAGUUGGCCAUCGUCAGCGAAUCCCAGCAGUGGACUUACCGGCAGGUGAACGAGCACGCAAAUCGAGUGGCCAAUGUGUUCCACAGCCAUGGCUACAAAAAGGGAGAUGUGGUGGGUCUGCUGCUGGAGAAUCGCCCCGAAUUCGUGGCCACCUGGCUGGGUCUGUCCAAGAUUGGGGUUAUCACACCACUGAUAAACACCAAUCUCAGAGGAGCAUCUCUGCAGCACAGCAUUACAGUUGGUCAAUGUACAGCUCUCAUUUACGGAGCCAGUUUUCGAUCUGCUGUGAUGGAUAUUGCCAAGGAUUUGCCUGCCCACGUAGGACUAUAUCAGUUUAAUGACGAAAGUAACCAGGAAAUUGUAGCAUCAGAGGGACUCAGUCAAGGAUUGGCCCAGCAGUUAAAUGGUCUUCUGGAGACGGCUGCCAAGGAUAAAGUGGCAGCAGGUGCUGCUCGAGCGGAUCACCAUGAUAAGUUGGUGUACAUCUACACUUCGGGAACUACGGGAUUGCCCAAGGCAGCCGUAAUCACUCAUUCUCGUUACUUCUUUAUCGCUGCUGGCAUCCACUUCACGCUGGGUUUUAAGGAUCAGGAUGUCUUCUACACACCUUUGCCUUUAUAUCACACUGCUGGCGGAGUGAUGAGCAUGGGUCAAGCCCUGCUCUUUGGUUCCACGGUGGUCAUCAGGAAGAAAUUCAGUGCAUCUGGUUAUUUUUCGGACUGCGCUCGAUUCAAGUGCACGGUUGGCCAGUACAUCGGGGAGAUGGCCCGCUAUAUUCUGGCCACUCCACCUGCUCCAACCGAUCGCAAUCACCAAGUGCGAAUGGUGUUUGGCAAUGGAUUGCGUCCACAAAUUUGGCCGCAGUUCGUGGAGCGUUUUGGAAUCAGAAAAGUUGGCGAGUUCUACGGAGCCACCGAGGGCAAUGCGAAUAUCAUGAACAACGAUAGCACCAUGGGAGCCAUCGGCUUUAUUUCCCGCAUCAUGCCGCAGAUCUAUCCCAUUUCGAUUAUUAAAGCGGAUCCCCAUACGGGAGAGCCAUUGAGGAACGACAAAGGACUCUGCGAGAGAUGUGAGAAGGAUGAAGCUGGCGUCUUUGUGGGAAAGAUUGUGAGGGGAAAUCCCUGCCGGGAGUUCCUCGGCUAUGUGGACCAGAAGGCCUCCUCCAAGAAGGUUGUGCACGAUGUCUUCUCCAAGGGCGACAUGGCCUUCAUUUCGGGCGAUCUGCUGGUGGCCGAUGAGCGGGGCUAUCUGUAUUUCAAGGAUCGCACCGGCGACACUUUCCGCUGGAAGGGUGAGAACGUGUCCACCAGCGAGGUAGAAGCGCAGCUAAGUAAUCUGGCUGGCUACAAGGAUGUCAUCGUUUAUGGAGUUAGCAUUCCCCACACCGAGGGAAGAGCCGGAAUGGCGGCCAUCUACGAUCCAGUUCGAGAGGUAAAGGUCAGCCAACUGGGCGAGGAGUUGGCCAAAUCGCUGCCCAGCUAUGCAAGACCGCAGUUCCUGAGAUUCCUGCGCAGAAUCGAUCUGACCGGCACCUUCAAGCUGCGCAAAGUGGAGCUGCAGCAGCAGGGAUUCAAUCCGGAGCUCAUAGAGGAUGAACUCUUCUACGCUCAACCUGAUGGCGUUUAUGCCCCGCUCACUUUAUCCGUUUAUGAAAGGAUAUUAAGAAACGAGCUGCGCUUCUAGGAACACCAGACUUCUCUCUUCGGAAGCAGAGAAGUCAAGACUGUGCCUCCAACGUUAUUACAAUGGGUUUUGGUUGGAUCCAAUACGUGCUUGAACUUUUCCUUAUGACGUAAUAUUGUUUGUUGCGCGAGCAACAAAUAUCUUUUAAAAAGGAAUUUUAAGUCUUCGGAGACAAAAAAAAUGUUUUACGUUUGCUUACACAAUUAGAUAAUAAUAAUUAGUUAAAAUGUAGAUUUAAAAACUGAUAAAUAUGUUGCCAAUGAUCUUA